AUGGCGACCUGCUGUGAACCUUUCUUUCUGACCGUGUCCGUCUCCAUCUCUUUUUCCGCAGGCUCCCUGACAGAUGGACGUAAGUUUGACUCGUCUCGUGACAGGGACAAGCCUUUCAGGUUCAAGGUUGGCAAGCAGGAAGUGAUCCGAGGCUGGGAAGAAGGUGUAGUGCAGAUGAGCGUUGGUCAAAGGGCCAAGCUGACCUGCACACCUGACUUUGCUUAUGGAAACAAAGGCCAUCCGGGCAUCAUUCCUCCUAAUGCUACCCUCAUCUUUGACGUUGAGCUGCUGGGUUUGGAAUGAAACAAAUUCAUGGCCUGUUUCUUUUGUUAUGUGUGACUUCCUACCUGGGUGAGCUAGAGAGAAGCUGCACUUGAUUCUAUAAGAGGCUUGAGUCUAUAGUUCCACUACUUAUUUCAUCAAACUAUGACAGUUUGUGUUAUUUUCUCUCUGUGACUGAGUGCAUUAUAUUUUUCGAUGAUAUUUUUCCUCCUAAAAAAAACCAUUGGCCAUAACCUUACCAACCUCCAUGUUUUUAAAUCUUGAAUUCUUUUGAAUUGCGUUUUACUUAUUUUUUCUUUGUGUUUUGCAUGGUUAUGCUGAGAAGUACAAAAUAUCAAUGAACCACUGGCAGCGACAUUCAUCCCUUAUGCAUAUUAUAAUGUUUGAGAGCUAGUGCUUGUUGUAUCACAGAAACAAAGAAAGUAUAAGGAAAAAAAUGAAAAGCACACAUUUGUAUCGCCACAAAGUGGAACAUCAGGACAAAUGAAUUGAGUUUCUGUUCGAGAAAUAAGGCUUAGUGCUGAUUUAGUGGCUAUAUGUAGUGAUAUGUCAAGUAUUUGAAGUCUUUAAUGGUGCAACACAGGAACUAUUUGCUUCACAAAAGGCCUAUUUAUAUAAAGUACCAAUGUUUUUUCCUUUAAUUUGAAUUAUUGUCAAAUGUGUGAGUUCUUGAGGGGUAAUUGGUGCAAAGGAGAACCAAUCACACUUGUAGAUAGUUCUAAUGUGUGCCUAAAUAUUUUUCACUGGACACAUGGUUACUACCUUGCUCUAUCUGCAUGUUUGAGGCCCAAAGGAACACUUAGUAUGUACACGUAGAAAGCUUUGCAUCCAAUUUGCGUUAUUAUUGCCUUCCUCUUCUCGCCUGGUAUUUUAAGCCCAUUUAAAGCCAUACACACAUCCAACAGUGCAAAGACAGAAUUUGCGCAAAUCAGUUGUAUUGUUCUUUUUUUUCUUCUUAGAAAUAAUGGGAAAUGCUUGAAAUUUACAAAAAGGGGGUUUGAGGAACCAAUGAAAUUGUGACCUCCCCCCCCAUUAUUUUGUGUAACAACUUCAAUUAUGUAUUUUUCAGAUGCCAACUUUCUAUCUUGGAGAAUCAACAAAGCUAAUGUGUAACCUAUGAUAAUAGAUUUUUGUUUGUUCUGCCAGUGUCAUUUAAGAACCACGCUGCGGAUGUGAAGUCUGUGUUGUGGUAGAAAAAGAAGAAGACACACGGGCAAUCGUAGUGUUUUUUUUAUCUCAGAUAAAUAGUUUUAAAUGGAGUUUAAUUAAGGAAUAUUCGGCCUGGCUGUCAGAUAUUGACCGUGGCUGUCGGUCUUAACUAUUGGCCGAGCUGCAGCUGGUGCGGCUCCUCUGUUCUGUGUAGUUAUUCGCUGAUACGAUACUGUAUGAAGACUUAACCAAUGAUGACAUAUUUAAAAUAAAAGAAGUGCUCUCCA